AGCUGGAGCGGAUAGGGCGGCUUCCGGGAUGUGGCGGGGCCUUUGUCUCUCGCUGCAGCCUGAGCUCCAGGUCUUGUGUCCUCUGCUCUGUGUUCUCUGCUCGUAGAGGCCCACCCUCUGUGGCCCUGUGACCUGCAGGUUUUGAGAGAUCCACAGCUAAGACGCCGGGACCCCCUGGAAGCCUAGAAAUGGGACCAUUGACAUUUAGGGAUGUGGCCAUAGAAUUCUCUCUGAAGGAGUGGCAAUGCUUGGACACUGCACAGCAGAAUUUAUAUAGAAAUGUGAUGUUAGAGAACUACAGAAACCUGGUCUUCCUGGGUAUUGCUGUUUCUAAGCCAGACCUGAUCACUUGUCUGGAGCAAGGAAAAGAGGCCUGGAGUAUGAAGAGACAUGAGAUCAUGGUGGCCAAACCCGCAGGUGGUCUAUCAAAAAGAAUGUUGUAUGAGCUACUGAGAAAGGUGUAUAUCCUGAUGUUACUGAGGAGCGUUCUCUAUACCUCUGUUAGAAUUGUGUGUUCUCAUUUUGCCCAAGACCUUUGGCCAGAGCAGAAUAUAAAAGAUUCUUUCCAAAAAGCGACACUGAAAAGAUAUGGAAAAUGUAGACAUGAGAAUUUACCAUUAAGAAAAGGCUGUGAAAGUGUGGAUGAGUGUAAGAUGCACAAAGGAGGUUAUAAUGGACUUAACCAAUGUCUCACAGCUACCCAGAGCAAAAUAUUUCAAAGUGAUAAAUAUGUAAAAGUCGUUCAUAAAUUUUCAAAUUCAAAGAAACAUAAGAUAAGACAUACUAAAAAUAAACCUUUCGAAUGUAGAAAAUGUGGCAAAUCAUUUCGCAUGAUUUCAUGCCUAACUGAACAUAGCAGAAUUCAUACUAGAGUAAAUUUCUACAAAUGUGAAGAAUGUGGAAAAGCCUUUAACUGGUCCUCAACCCUUACUAAACAUAAGAGAAUUCAUACGGGAGAGAAACCCUACAAAUGUGAAGAAUGUGGUAAAGCCUUUAACCAGUCCUCAAACCUUAUUAAACAUAAGAAAAUUCAUACUGGAGAGAAACCCUACAAAUGUGAAGAAUGUGGCAAAACUUUUAACCGAUCCUCAACUCUUACUACCCAUAAGAUAAUUCAUACUGGAGAGAAACCCUACAAAUGUAAAGAAUGUGGUAAAGCUUUUAACCGAUCUUCAACCCUUACUACCCAUAGAAAAAUUCAUACUGGAGAGAAACCCUACAAAUGUGAAGAAUGUGGCAAAGCCUUUAAGCAGUCCUCAAACCUUACUACACAUAAGAUAAUUCAUACUGGAGAGAAACCCUACAAAUGUAAAAAAUGUGGAAAAGCCUUUAACCAGUCUGCACACCUUAUUACACAUGAGAUAAUUCAUACUGGAGAGAAACCCUACAAAUGUGAAAAGUGUGGAAAAGCCUUUAAUCAUUUCUCACACCUUUCUACACAUAAGAUAAUUCAUACUGGAGAGAAACCUUACAAAUGUAAAGAAUGUGGUAAAGCUUUUAAGCACUCUUCAACCCUUACUAAACAUAAGAUAAUUCAUACUGGAGAGAAGCCUUACAAAUGUAAAGAAUGUGGAAAAGCUUUUAACCAAUCCUCAAAACUUACUGAACAUAAGAAAAUUCAUACGGGAGAGAAACCCUAUGAAUGUGAAAAAUGUGGCAAAGCUUUUAACCAGUCCUCAAAUCUUACUAGACAUGAGAAAAGUCAUACUGAAGAGAAACCUUACAAAUGUGAAGAAUGUGGUAAAGGUUUUAAAUGGCCCUCAACCCUUACUAUCCAUAAGAUCAUUCAUACUGGAGAGAAACCAUACAAAUGUGAAGAAUGUGGCAAAGCUUUUAACCAAUCCUCAAAACUUACCAAACAUAAGAAAAUUCAUACUGGAGAGAAACCCUACACAUGUGAAGAAUGUGGCAAAGCCUUUAACCAGUCCUCAAACCUUACUAAACAUAAGAGAAUUCAUACUGGAGAAAAACCUUACAAAUGUGAAGAAUGUGACAAAGCUUUUAAAUGGUCCUCAGUCCUUACUAAACAUAAGAUAAUUCAUACCGGAGAAAAAUUGCAAAAAUGUGAAGAAUGUGGCAAAGCUUUUAAGCAGUCCUCAACCCUUACUACACAUAAGAUAAUUCAUACUGGAGAGAAACCAUACAGAUGUGAAGAAUGUGGCAAAACCUUUAACCGGUCCUCACACCUUACUACACAUAAAAGAAUUCAUACUGGAGAGAAACCCUACAGAUGUGAAGAAUGUGGCAGAGCUUUUAACCGAUCCUCACACCUUACUACACAUAAGAUUAUUCAUACUGGAGAGAAACCCUACAAAUGUGAAGAAUGUGGCAAAGCCUUUAACCAAUCCUCAACUCUUACUACACAUAAGAUAAUUCAUGCUGGAGAGAAACCUUACAAAUGUGAAGAAUGUGGAAAAGCUUUUUACCGAUUCUCAUACCUUACUAAACAUAAGAUAAUUCAUACUGGAGAGAAAUUCUACAAAUGUGAAGAAUGUGGCAAAGGCUUUAAUUGGUCCUCGACUCUUACUAAACAUAAGAGAAUUCAUACUGGAGAGAAACCCUACAAAUGUGAAGUGUGUGGCAAAGCUUUUAAUGAGUCCUCAAACCUUACUGCACAUAAGAUAAUUCAUACUGGAGAGAAACCCUACAAAUGUGAAGAAUGUGGCAAAGCCUUUAACCGGUCCCCAAAACUUACUGCACAUAAGGUAAUUCAUUCUGGAGAGAAACCUUACAAAUGUGAAGAAUGUGGCAAAGCUUUUAACCAAUUCUCAAACCUUACUAAACAUAAGGUAAUUCAUACUGGAGAGAAACCCUACAACUGUGAAGAAUAUGGCAAAGCUUUCAACCAGUCUUCAAACCUUACUGAACAAAGUAAUUCAUACUGGAGAGAAACCCUACAAAUGUGAAGAUUGUGGCAAAGCCUCUAACCAGUCCUGAAUUCUUACUAAACAUAAGAACAUUCAUACUGAAGAGGAACCCUAUGAGUGUGAAGAAUAUGGCAAAGCCUUCAACAAGUCCUCAAUUCUUACUAGACAUAAGAUAAUUCAUGGGCUGGGUGCGGUGGCUCACGCCUGUAAUCCCAGCACUUUGGGAGGCUGAGAUGGGUGAAUCACAUGAGAUCGGGAGUUCGAGACCAGCCUGACCAACGUGGUGAAAUCCUGUCUCUACUAAAAAUACAAAAUUAGCCAUGUGCGGUGGUGCAUGCCUGUAAUCCCAGCUACUCGGGAGGCUGAGGCAGGAGAAUUGCUUGAACCCCAGAGGCAGAUGUUGCGGUGAGCCGAGAUCGCGCCGUUGCACUCCAGCCUGGGCAACAAGAGUGACACUCCGUCUCAGAAAAAAAAAAAAAAAAAAAAAGAUAAUUCGUACUGAAAAGAAACUCUACAAACUUGAAAGAUGUGAUAAUGCUUUUGACAACACCUAAAACUUUUUUAAACGUAAAAAAUCAUACUGGUGAGAAAUCCUAGAAAUGUAAAGAAUGUGACAAAGCCUUUAAAUGGUUGUCACACUUGAUUAUAGGUAAGAUAGUUCAUACUGAAGAAAACUUCUACAAGUGUGAACAGUGUGGCAAAACUUUUAACGAAUGCUCACGCCUUAUUGCACAGGAGAACAUUUAUACUUGAGAAAAAUUGUACAAAUAUAAAGACCAUGAAAAAGCCAUUAAUAUCUAUUCACAUCUUACCACUGGAGAGUUCAUACUUAAUAAAAGGAAUAUAAGUGCAAUUACUGUCAAAAGAUCUUUCAGAAAAUAUAAACCUUUAACGUGAAGAAGGUAUUUAUUUUGAAGAUGAACAUUACAAAUGUGAAGCGGGUUGGUUGUAGUACCUUUAUUUGUAUCACAGAUUUUAUUGUACACAUUUUGUACUAGAAGAAAACUCUGAAGUAGUUGCUCAAACUUUGUUCAACAUCAGGGAAUUUAUAUUGAAGAAAAACCUUGCAAAUUUAAUAAAUUUUAGAAAACACUUUUUCAAAAAGUACAGCUUAGAAGACACCAGAGUUCAUACUGAAAUAUAUUUUUGCAGAUGCAGUAAAAAUGAAAAUAUUUAAUCCAAAAUUAAGUCUAUGUAAAUAUCAGAGAAUUUACUGUAGAAAUAUCUAAGGCACUGACACUUCAGAUAUUAUACUAAAUCAGAGUGCUGAGUAUAGAAAAUAAAACUGAAGCUGGGGCCAGGCGCAGUGGCUCACACCUGUAAUCCAGCACUUUGGGAGGCCGAGGAGGGCGGAUCACCUGAAGUCAGGAGUUUGAGACCAGCCUGACCAACAUGGAGAAAACACGGCUCUACUAAAAAUACAAAAUUAGCCAGGUGUGGUGGUGUAUGCGUGUAAUCGCAGCUACUCGAGAGGCUGAGGCAGGAGAAUUGCUUGAACCCUGGAGGCAGAGGUUGCAGUGAGCUGAGAUUGCGCCAUUGCACUCCAGCCUGGGCAACGAGUGAAACUCUGUCUCAAAAAAAAAAAAAAAAAAAAAAAAAAACUACAGUUGGUAGAAAAAUUAUUUGUAUAUGACUUUAAAAGGAAUAGAAGGGUUUUUUGCAGAGUUAUUACGUUUGAAGUAUACUUUAUUUCUUGAAAAAAUUACAGAUUUUUUGUAAAUAAUGAUGUAAUUCAACUCUCAAAAUAUUUCCUACUGUUUCUUUAUUCCGGUUGUAUUCACGUGUGAAAGCAUGUGAUCAGUUAUUGCUGCAUUAAAAACCUGAGAGUCGGGGCCGGGUGCGGUGGCUCACGCUUGUAAUCCCAGCACUUUGGGAGGCUGAGGUGGGCGGAUCACGAGGUCAGGAGAUCGAGACCACGGUGAAACUCCGUCUCUACUAAAAAAAAAAAUACAAAAAAAAAAUUAGCCGGGCGUGGUGGCGGGCGCCUGUAGUCCCAGCUACUCGGAGAGGCUGAGGCAGGAGAAUGGCGUGAACCCGGGAGGCGGAGCUUGCAGUGAGCCAAGAUUGCGCCACUGCACUCCAGCCUGGGCGACAGAGCGAUACUCCGUCUCAAAAAACAAAAAAAAACCUGAGAGUCUUUUUUAUUAGGUGGCCAUUAUUUAUGAUCUUUUCUAUGACAGAGUAAGGACAUUAAAAUGUAAGAUGCAUGAUGAAAAAUUAAGUGAAGAGGCUCUUUGUGGUUAACUUACAUUGAAUAAUGAAUUAGGUAGGUGUUCAGAGUAAUAUUUUGUGUUAUGAGAAGAAAACAUUUUUAAUUUUAUUUAAAAUUAAAUGAAAAUAAAUUAGUAUAUUAUUGUACUAAUUGUACUUUUGUAUAAUAAAAUCCAGUAUAUUUAAAAAAUGUUAGAUUAUGUGUGAAGUUAAUAUUUUAAUCCAAUAUUUUUAACAUGUUAAAUACUAUUGUGCAUUCAAUGAAGUGUUACUAUGCCACGAACUUUAACCUGUUCCACUUUACUUAAGGGUAUAGAUGAAAGAUCAUAACAAUAAGGGGCCAGGCGCAGUGGUUCACGCCUGUAAUCCCAGCACUUUGGGAGGCUGAGGCGGAUGAAUCAUGAGGUCAGGAGUUCGAGACCAGCCUGGCCAACAUGGUGAAACCCCGUCUCUACUAAAAAUACAAAAAAAUUAGCCAGUUUUGGUGGCUGGCGCCUGUAAUCCCAGCUACUUGGGAGGCUGAGGCAGAAGAAUCUCUUAAAACCAGAAGGUGGAGGUUGCAGUGAGCCGAGAUCGCGCCACUGCGCCUGGGCGAAAGAGUGAAACUCUGUCUCAAAAAAAAAAAAAAAGAUGGUAACAAUAUACUAUUUGGCAACAUAGUGGAUUAACAUCUCAAGUAAUCUCUUUUGUCAGUGGGUUUAAACUGCAAAUUAGUUAAAGAAUAUUGUUUCUGUAGGUUAAAUUUUUCUUUUUCAAUUAUUAAAAUUUAUUUUUAAUAUUUUUGUGGGUACAUGAGUAUAUAUGCCAUAUAUGGCAUAUUUUGAUACAGGAGUACAAUAUAUAAUAAUCACAUCAGGGCAAAUGGGGUAUCCAUCACCUCUAGCAAUAAUUUAUCCUUUGUAUUAUAAACAAUUCAGUUCUACACUUUUAGUUAUUUUAAAAUGUACAAUUGUUAUUGGUUACAGAGUUAUUUUUAUGGUCAUAAUAAAAAAUAUGCAAGUAUAAAUAAAAUCCAUACAUUUCUGAGUCCUGAAUAAAUAUUAUUAAAAUUUUCUUACAUAUAUUUUUGAACAUGUGGCCUGUCUGCCUGCAAACACAUACAAACUUUUAGUUUUUAUUUACAUAGAGUUAAAUAUAUAUUAGUGUAAAGAUAAACCUUAGUUGUAAGAAAACUAUGGAAUAUGAGUUUGUACCUAUUUUCAGAAAAAAAAGAGCAACAUAGGAACAAAACAAGUCAUUUUAACAAGGUGACUACUAGAAAACUAAAAACCUCAAAAACACCAAAAGCAAACGUAUACUCUCUGCUUUGUAUUGAAUGUAUUACUGUAUAAUCUAUGCCUUAUACUUCCGAAUCUCCCCAUGCAAAUUCUCUGUUUUACUUGCCUGGUAAUCAUGAUAGACCCCUACUUUUUUUGUAUUUUGUAUAUUUAUUUUAUAGUUUAUGAAAUAUUAUGUGAGCUGGAAUGUGAGUAUAAGAAUAAUUUUUAUGAGAUGUGCAUACAAAAUAAUUUUUAUAUGUAAUUCCACAAUUAGUAUAUUAAGUUACAUUUUAUUUAGUUAGAACACUCCAUUUUGUUUUCAAUUGGAGAACCCUAUAUAAGCUUACUAUUUAGUUAUUGUUCUUUUUACUUUGUAUAAUUGACAUGAGUAAAUUUAUUUAUGGAGUCAAAUUGUUCAGGUAAAUACAAGGGAAGCUUAGUAAGUCAUGAAGAUGUUUUUAUAUGUAAAUGUGAAAAGCAUAUAUAGCAGUUCUUGGUGUGUAACAUGCUCCAGAAAAAGCCAUAAACAUUUCUGCUAAAAUUAGUUUGUAACUUCAAGUCAGAGAUAGAAAAUAUUUGUGGUGAAGAAAUACAGCUGAUGUUUUAUGUGGAGAGGACACUUUUUGGACACUUUUUCCAGGCUGCAAAGCUGAGUGUUGCUGAAUAAAAAAAAAAAAAAAAAAAUGUGGCCGGGCACAGUGGCUCACGCCUACAAUCCCAGCACUUUGGGAGGCCAAGACAAGUCAAUCACAAGGUCAGGAGUUCAAGACCAGCCUGGCCAAGAUGGUGAAACCCCGUCUCUACUAAAAAUACAAAAAUUACCUGGGCAUGGUGUCAGGUGCCUGUAAUCCCAGCUACUUGGGAGGCUGAGGCAGAGAAUCCCUUGAACCCGGGGGGCGGAGGUUGCAGGGAGCUGAGAUCGCACCGCUGUACUCCAGCCUGGGCGACAGAGCGGGACUCCACCUUAAAAAAAAAAAAAAUGCUGGGUGGGUGCAGUGGCUCAUGCCUGUAAUCCCAGCACUUUGGGAGGCCGAGGUGGGCGGAACACGAGGUCGGGAGAUCGAGACCAUCCUGGCUAACACGGUGAAACCCCAUCUGUAUUAAAAAUACAAAAAAUUAGCCGGGCGUGGUGGCGGGCGCCUGUAGUCCCAGCUACUCGGGAGGCUGAGGCAGGAGAAUGGCGUGAACCCAGGAGGCGGAGCUUGCAGUGAGCCGAGAUUACGCCACUGCACUCCAGCCUGGGCGACAAAGCAAGACUCCAUCUCAAAAAAAAAAAAAAAAAAAUGCUGCUUUUAUUUUCUUCAGAUUUGUUUGUAUUAUGUGUAUUCCAGCUAUGUAUGCAUCACAGCCCUUAUUUUUCUAUGUUAUGGCUACAGUUUUCUCUUUGUUGUCUUCAUGCCAUUUCAUUUCACAUGGUACUUUGUAGAUUUUGAUGAGAAACUUGGUAUUUUUUAAUGCCCUGAAAAAAUGUUUUUGUUUUCUAUUUC